AUGGACAGGGUGGUCCUUGGCUGCACAGCAGCUAUCCUGGUGCGGGCUUUACUGCUACAAGAAGCUGCCUCCAGUACGAUCAGGGUAGAACCAGGUCAUGGCAACACCAGGGGGCGCCUUCAAGUGUUUCAUGAUGGAAUUUGGGGAACGGUCUGUGAUGACAGCUUUGGUAACCCAGAUGCCAGAGUGGCCUGCAGAGCUCUUGGAAUAAACAGUAAAUACGCCGUUCCAUGGAACUUUGGACCAGGUUCUGGGUCCAUACUGCUGGAUGACCUCGCAUGUCAUGGAACCGAGGAGAGCUUAGACGACUGUCUUCACAAUGUCUGGGGAGACCAUGAAUGUGAACAUAGUGAAGACACUGGCGUCAUUUGCACUGACGAUGAGGUGAUGGUAACCCCCACAAAUGUCCCUGUCCUGGUGUCAGAUGGGGACCAAGUUAAUUUCACUUGUCUUGCACUUGGCAAUAUGGGCAGGCCAUUCCGAUAUCACUGGUUUAGCGGGAUCCAGCACUCUACUGACUGUGGGGAUACACGUGUUCAUCAACGACUCCCUGACACUCUGAUUAUCUCUAAUGGUUCCGAUCUUGGUAGUUCAACAGCGAAUAUUGGUGUACAGUGUAAGUACAUUUCAGAACGCUGA